AUGUGUAAAGCUUUUCUUUGGAGUGGUCAAGCAUCCUUGGCAGGUCCGGGUCGGAUAGCUUGGAAUUCUGUCUGUCAGUCGAAGAAAGCCAGUGGGUUGGGUUUUAAAAAUAGCUUAAUUUGGAUUAUUGCAGCUAUUGGAAAACAUGUUUGGGCUGUUGCUGAGAAGAAGGAUAACCUCUGGGUCAAAUGGUUUCAUCAUGACUACUUAAAGCAAGAGGAUUGGUGGAAUUACUCGGCUCCUAUUAAUAGUAGUUGGUAUUGGAGGAAAAUUGAUGAAGUCAAAGGGAAAUUGAGAAGUUUGAUAGAAAGGCUACAUGUGCACAAAGAAGAUUAUCAUAUUAGUAAAGGUUAUGUUUAUAUUCACUCUCCUCUUGAUAAAGUGUAUUGGGGGAAGGAGGUGUGGGGAAGAUUAAAUACUCCUAAGCAUAGCUUUAUUCUUUGGCUGGCUAUUCAUAAUAGAUUGAACACCAAAGAUAGACUUAAAAGGCAUGGAGUUAUUGAUCAAUCAGAUUGUCUGUUUUGUGGUGAAGCUGAGGAAUCCUGUGAGCAUCUAUUUUUUAAUUGCCAUUUUAGUUUAAAUUGUUAUCAACAGAUUUUGCAGUGGCUGAAUUGGAGAACUAAGCUAACCACCUUGAAGAAAGUUAUUAGGUGGAUUGAGAGAGCUUCUAGUAGCAGCUUUCAGAAGCUAGUUUUUUCAGCUGUUAUAGCAGCUUUGCUUUACAACAUUUGGAAGGCUAGGAAUGAUACUUUGUGGCUUGGGAAGAGUAUGCAACCUGAGCUAAUUGUUCAUAAUACCAAAGUUAGUGUUAAGAAUAGAAUUUCGUACAGUUUACCAAAGAAAAUUAGUCAACAGGAUAGAAAUUAG